AGUGGGUUUAUUUUAUAUGCUUAUUGCAUUUAAUAUAACGUAAAAUUCCGGAAAGUUAACGAAAGUGCUUUGCUGAAAUUGAUAUUACGUUACGUCACUAUGUAAUGUUUGCUGUGAUGUAAACUGAGCAUUUAGCUAGGGUUGCAGCCCACAGUCCCUGGACGUACACACGUGUUGAAGUUAUGUUAUCCUUGUAGGGCCUCCAGGACAGUGGCAACUGUCAUCAUUUCGGGGAAAUAGAAAACCGAACAGGGACAAGUUCAUGGAAGACUGCGUUGGAGCUGAAGUGCUAUAGCAGAAGGCAGCAUGAAUGGUCAAAGUCCUACUUCGUCAACCAGCAAUGGCAUUACUCCACUCCAACAGAUGGUGGCGUCCUGCUCCGGAGCCAUCCUCACAUCUUUGUUUGUCACACCUUUGGACGUUGUGAAGAUCCGACUGCAAGCACAGAAAAAUCCCUUUCCUAAAGGGAAAUGCUUUGUCUACUGCAAUGGGCUUAUGGACCACAUAUGUGUGUGUGAAAAUGGCAACUCCAGGGCCUGGUACAAAGCCCCCGGUCACUUCAGUGGCACGCUGGAUGCCUUCAUCAAGAUCGUACACCGUGAAGGGAUAAAGGCGUUAUGGAGCGGCCUACCUCCAACCCUUGUUAUGGCAAUCCCAGCCACAGUGAUCUACUUCACAUGUUACGACCAGCUGUGUGCAGCGCUGAGGUUCAGGAUGGGAGAUUACUCUCAAGAGGCUCCUCUUUUGGCCGGAGCUAUCGCUAGAGUGGGUUCAGCGACAGUGAUCAGCCCUCUGGAACUGAUCCGUACCAAGCUGCAGUCACAAAAACAGUCGUACCGGGAGCUGACCGACUGCAUCCGCUCAGCAGUGCAGUCAGAAGGUUGGUGGUCUCUGUGGCGGGGUUUGGGGCCCACGCUCCUCCGAGACGUGCCCUUCUCAGCAAUGUACUGGUACAACUAUGAGAAGGGCAAGAGCUGGCUAUGUGAACGCUAUAACACCAGAGAACCCACUUUUACCAUCACCUUCAUGUCUGGAGCAGCAUCUGGCUCUUUUGCAUCCGUUGUAACGUUACCGUUUGAUGUUGUCAAGACGAGAAGGCAGGUGGAGCUGGGAGAGCUACAAGCAAAGAAUUUAUCCAGUCAGGUCUCCUCCUCCACCUUCAGUGUGAUGCGCAGGAUCGUGGCACAGGACGGCUUUGGUGGACUGUUUGCAGGUUUCUUUCCCAGACUGAUCAAGGUGGCCCCGGCCUGUGCCAUCAUGAUCAGCACUUACGAGUUUGGAAAAGCCUUUUUCCGCAAACACAACCAGGAGGAUACUCGUGCCACUGCAGACCAGCAGCACCUGAUAGUUUUCCUGGCAUGUUCUCUCCAAACCAAACACAAAGAUGACUACUGCUAUACUACACACCUGUAAGGUGCCAAAUUAAUAACACACAGAAAUAGAAGUGAAAAAUACCAAUUUCUGCAUUGCAGGGUAUUAUAAAUGAUCAAAAUGUAUAUUAAAUGAUUAUUAGUAUUUAUAGAUUCAUAUUCUAUGGGUUUUAUAAUCACAGCUAUAAUGUGCGCACAACUGAAAUAAAAAAAUGUUUUGUCUCAUUAGGUUUAAGAUGUAUUUAUUAGCCAGCAGGUGGCAGCCACAGUUUUGUUUUGAUGUUAUUUUCCAAGUCCCACAUGUUGUUGUGUCACUGGGAUCAUGUGCAUUGUGCCUGGAGGUCUUUAGAGAUGUAAAAUUCAUGUCUGUUUUAUUCCUCUGUGUGUCACUCUUCACCAGUGUAUCCCCACUAGACACAGAGUUGUUUUUGGACUUGACUCCAACAAGCUGUGAAUAUUUGUGUGACACAGAGGCAAUCACAAAAAGCCAGUGUCAGUGAAAGAAUGGUACGAUAUGAGUGUAUUUUCUGUUUGAUAAGAGACUGCGGAAGAAGACUGUAUGUAAACUCAAAGAAAAUAUGACGUCUAAAAUGUUCAAAU